AUGGUGAAUUUUGAAGAUUGGAGUUACGGAUGUGCACCUGAAUUCGAGGGUUGUAGUCCAGAUAACGAGGGUUUCAUCAAGCUUACCCAAGCAGAAUUCUAUGGCUACGAUAUCCGGUAUCACCCCAACUACACUCUCGAUUCAUGCAAGAAAGAUUGCUUAGAUGAUUGCACUUGCAAAGGGUUCCAAUUUUCAUACAAUUGUCAUAAAGGAAUCUAUUAUUGCUACAUGAAGAAUUCUUUGUAUAAUGGAUACCAAAUGGGAUUCUACAAUACAAUGUAUAUCAAAUUACCAAAAACGUUGGUGUCAUCAUUUCAUCAGAAAACAAUCAACGAACAAAACGUCAGUUGCGUAGGCCAGGCUGUGACACCGAUGAUAAGAUCGUACGAGAAAAAACAUCAUAACAAGCUACUUAACUCCAUGGCUGUUUUAGGAUGCGUGAUCGGUUUUAUUGAGAUCAUUGGCAUAGUGUUUUUCUGGUAUAAGAGCAGUAAACACUCGAUUACAGCCGAUCAAUGUUAUUUUCCGGCAGCCACAGCGUUCAGGAAGUUCACCUACAGUGAGCUGAAAAAGGCAUCAAAUAAUUUCAGCGAAGAGAUAGGGCGAGGUGGCACUGGUGUCGUGUAUAAAGGGAUUUUAUCAGAUAAACGAAUUGCAACAAUCAAGAAGCUCAAGAAUAUUAAUGAUCACCAAGGUGAAGACGAAUUUCAAGCUGAGAUUAGCACAAUCGGGAGGCUGAAUCACAUGAAUUUGAUAGAAACGUGGGGAUAUUGUGCUGAAGGAAAACACAGGCUUAUCGUCUACGAGUAUAUGGAGAACGGAUCAUUGGCCGGAAACUUGCGUCUCAGGAAACUCAAUUGGGAGACAAGAUUCGAGAUCGCGAAAGGAACAGCUAAAGGGUUAGCUUAUUUACAUGAAGAGUGCUUGGAGUGGGUUCUUCAUUGCGAUGUGAAACCUCAUAACAUACUCUUGGAUGCAAAUUACAGUCCAAAGGUCGCGGAUUUUGGUCUUUCAAAGCUAUUGGAUAGGGAUAGAAUAGGGAAAUCGAAUUUUUCGACAGUUCGAGGGACUCGAGGCUACAUGGCUCCUGAAUGGGUGUUUAAUCUUCCAAUUACUUCAAAAGUCGAUGAAUUUAGCUAUGGGGUUGUGAUAGUGGAGAUGAUAACAGGACGGAGUCCUACAGGGAAGGAGCAAAGAAGCGAUGAAAAUGGUGACACAGAGCCUGCGCUUAUUGAUUGGGUGAGAGAUAGGAUUAAUGGAAAUGGAAGGGAAUCUUGGAUUCAGGAGAUUGUAAAUCCUUCGAUAAGUGGAGAAUAUGAUCGGAUCACCAUGGAAAAUCUUGUUAAUAUUGCACUGCAAUGUGCAGAGGAAGAUAGGAAGGUGCGACCAACAAUGAAGCAGGUGGUAAAUAUGCUUCAACAUCCAGAGAAUUAUAGAUAA